AUGAUAGCAAAUGACUUGCUGAUCAUCCUGUGGAGUGAUAUAUACUUCUCUGAAGGCAUUUUCUCCACUUUAAAAUCCAUGUUGUACUUCCCAAUCUUCUCCAGCUUUUGGUUCACUGUCUGCCUUUGUGUUUACUACUGCUUGCAGAUUGUCAUAUUCUCCCAUCCUUUCCUGGUGCGUCUCAAACUGGGGAUAUCCAAGAUAGUACCAUGGUUUCUUGUGACUUCAGUCAUCACAUCUGCAGCUAUCAGUGCUCCAGCGGUCUGUAGCUCCUACAAGGAGCACCUUAGUGGGAAUGCAUCAAGAAAUAUAAGCUUGGAAUGGAAUAUUCCCAAGUUGAGUAUUACAUACCUGCUUUCCAGUAAUAUUAUUGGCUGUUCCCUACCAUUAGUGCUUGUUGCUAUCUCCAAUGGACUAAUCCUUAGGUCACUUGUGUCUCCUUGUAACAAAGUUGAUAAGGCAAGUAAAGUUCAGAGUCCUCGUGCAAAGGCCAGAAACCGAGCAGCCCGCACUGUUGGAAGUCUUCUCCUCCUCUAUAUGUCCUUCUACAUCUCUGAGAUCAUGAUGUUUCUAGAUCUCUUCCCUCCCAGUAGUCCUGGGUUUUGCAUCUGCUUGCUGAUUAUUUAUACUUAUUCACCAGCACAGAGUAUUAUCCUUAUUCAUGGCAGUAUUAAGCUGAAAAAAUCAAUAAUGAACUUAGUGCGACUGAACUUACUUCGACUUUCUGAGAAACUGAGCAGCGAGCAGACAGAGGCACCAACAAUUUUCUCUAUAAAGCUUAGAAUCCAAAAAACAUAA